GUGUCGUCACGAGCGCUUAUCUCAACCGCGCGACUUACUCGCGAACACUGCUAGAACUAAAUUUUCCGCCCUGCGCGUCUGGUUUUCGAAACUUGAUCCGGGACAUACAACGCUGUUUGCCAGCCGUUGCAGCGAGGAAGCGGAGAAGCAGGACUGCUGCUCGUUCGCGUUCUCACGAGAAGCAUAAAAGUAACAUGUAUUAUGCAAGACGGAGUAGCGAUCCUAAUCGUAGAGCCGUUGCGUUCAGGAUGGAUGAGCAAAUGCUGAAGAAAGUAGACAAGCAGGUCAAUGAUGAAAUUGAUCAGAAAUGUGAAGAGCUUGGUCACAUUUUGGCCCAUUUUCCACCUGAUAUUGGAGAAGUUUUGAUGGCAUGGGCUGCCGGUGGCGACAUCGGGAAAGCUAAGUGUGCGGCCACCACUUGUUUAAAUGAAAAUUUAUGGUCGUCAGCUUUUAUCCAUCUUCUACUUUCUCCGCAGCAUCUUGGUAAUGGUACCCUUCUCCCAGGGAAUACAAUACAAGGGAAGAGGUACCAAGCUGGGAGGAUCUAGCGGGAUUCAAGCUGACUCUAAAAACUGGCAAGCAAAAUAGCAUGUUACUGGUUGGUCAAGGCAAGAAAGAAAUCGAAUCCGAGAAAACAUUGUCGCCAGUCUUCCAGCCAACAAAAGUAGGCUCCCUGUCGACGCAAAACGAAGUAGUGGGAGAUGACAGUAUCGGCACGUGGGUUGGCCGCGCAAUAGGUAUGCAGGGGGAGAGGGAAGAAGUUGAAACG